AUGAACCACUUUGACGAAUUCUACGGUUCAGUUUUCGGUGAUAAAUGGGAACCAAUGAGGGAGGCUUUACAGCGACGAUCCAAAUAUGUAGCCGUUGUGAAUAACUAUGGCGAUGCAGAAGAAACUAUGCAGUACUUAGCUGGUAGAGGUGCACACUGUCUUAAAACACUCAUGAAUAUCCAACAAGACUUCAACAACCAGUAUCUACCACAAGAACCUUCCGAAAUAAACAGUGAAAAUAAAAGUAACUUUCAAAACUAUAUUAACCAGUUGCAGAGUGAUGAAAUAGCCAAAAUUUAUCCCCAAGGCGAGAAUGUACCUGAAAGACUUGAAAUUACUGAGGAAAAAAUUUUAACCAGUUCUAAUGAUGAACUAGUUACAGAUAACGAAUUAAACACAGGCUCAAAUCUUAAUGAAGCUAUAGAUCAAGCUGAAAUUGAUGAAUCGAGAUUAGUUCUACCUUCAAUGGGCCUCUCAUCGGAUGCCUUGUACCAAUAUGUACCGGCAACUAAAAUCAAAGGACUCGAUGAAUGGGUACCAGAGUCACUACAUUAUUCAUUUUAUAAUAAUAAUAACACUGAUUUUCCGUUGUUGAUAGAACCAGAGACAGAGUUUGUGUUCCCGGAACAUUUGAAAGUUAUGACAUAUGAAAAAGAUAGUGAGGCAUAUAAAUUCCCAGAACCAAAAAGGUGUAAAACAGGUGUAUUCAACUAUUAUCCGUUGGACUGCGGCAGUGUGGUGUCAGUGCUGGCUUUAAUACUUCAACCUGGGGACCGAGUGCUGGAGCUGUGUGCAGCACCUGGAGGGAAGGCCCUCACUACACUACAGACCUUACUGCCAGAUGUCCUGGUAGCUAAUGACGCGUCUAUAUCCAGGUCUAACAGGUUGGUGAGGGUUUUCCGAGAUUAUCUGCUGGAUUAUGAGACGAACAGCUCUUGGAGUGAACGUGUACGUGUUGUGAGAACAGACGGUAGAAACUACACUGAUGACCAGGGAUUCGAUAAGGUGUUAGUAGAUGUGCCGUGUACAACAGACAGACACUCCGUGAUGGAAGAUGAUAACAAUAUAUUCAGACCCGACAGAGUUAAAGAGAGACUUAGAAUACCUGAGCUACAGUCACAGUUAUUAGUUAACGCCCUCAGGCUUUUGAAGGCAGGCGGCGCCGCGGUAUAUAGCACGUGUUCGUUAAGCCCCGUACAGAACGACGGCGUUGUCCACGCGGCUCUAACAAAGGCUUUCAGAGACCACGGCAUCAUAGCUGCCGUAAAAGAUCUAUCGGUGCCAUUCAGAGCUUUGAACAGCACUCUGUGUCUCGGUGAGGGUUCUAUCAAACCAAAGUAUGGUCAACUCAUUAUACCGGAUAUAUCAGCUAAUUUCGGACCCACUUAUGUAUCUAGACUGGUUAGAGUUAAAUGA